GCUUCUUCAGCUUCUACCUUCGUUUCUCACAUCUACUCUCAUUACAUCGCCACAAUGCGUGUUUCGGCUGCUAUCGCUGCCACCAUCCUGGCUGGCUCUGCCACUGCCGCACCUACUCCCAGUCUCUUGAGCAGCAUUCUCGGUCUACUCACCAACGACUUGAACUCCCUUCUCAACUCCUUGGGCAUCAAGUUGCAGACCAACGCCAACAUCCACGGUGCUACCGUCAACUACCAGCAGCAGUGCCCCUUCACCAUCGACACUUCGGUCUCUGUCUCUACCAACGUGUUCAGCCACGACAUUACCUGGCCCCUCGGUGUCAACGGCGGCAACUACAUCGACUGGAAGACCUUCAAGGCCAACGGUGCCAACCUCGGUGGAUGGCUGGAGAAGGAGCGAACUCACGACCCCAUCUGGUGGUCCCAGGUCGGCGGUGACAGCGCUCCCGAUGAGUGGACUUUGUGCCAGACUCUUGGGUCUCAGUGUGGUCCCAUUCUCGAGGCUCGCUACGCCUCGUUCCUGAACACCACCACCAUCGAUCAGCUCGCCAGUGUUGGUGUUAACACCCUCCGUAUCCCUACCACCUACGCCGCUUGGGUCAAGGUCCCUGGCUCCCAGUUGUACUCUGGUAACCAGCAAAAGUGGCUCAAGAUCAUUACCGACUAUGCAGUCCGCAAGUACAACAUGCACAUCAUUGUUGGCCUCCACUCUCUGCCCGGUGGUGUCAACAACCUCGAUAUCGGCGAGGCCCUCUUCCACGAUGACUGGUUCUACAACGCCACCAACCUCGACUACAGUUUCCAGGCUAUCGACGGUGUCUUGAACUUCAUCAAGUCAUCUGGCUACCAGAACGCCUUCACCAUUGCCCCUAUCAACGAGGCUUCUGACAACCUCUCCGGCUUCGGUUCCGCUGCUGGUCUUUCUGACAACGCCACCAACUGGAUCAACACCUACAUCAACGGUGUCCUCAAGAAGAUUGCUGUUGUUGACAAGCGUAUUCCUCUCCAGCUCCAGGACUGCUUCAAGGGCGCUAGCUUCUGGGCUCCUUUCUACGAUGCCAGCACCAACAUUGUCAUGGAUUCCCACGUCUACUACUUCGCCGCUGCCGGAACCUACGCCAACUACGUCAACCCUGCUGUCUGUGGCCAGGCCCAGUACAUUGCUCAGGAAACCAAGUUCCCUGUCUUCAUCGGCGAAUGGUCUCUUCAGGCUAUGUACAACAACACCCUGGAUGUAACUACCCGCAAGACCUUGUUCGAUACUCAGCGCUACGCAUGGCAGAAGUAUGUUGCCGGCGGAUCCUUCUGGACUGCUGUUUCCUACUCCACUGCCACCGUUGAUGGUGAGGGCACACAGAGAGAUUAUUGGUCAUACAUCGACCUGAUCAGACAAGGCGUAAUUACUAAGCAGACCAACGCCUCUUACUGCUAGAGAAUAGUAAAAAUAUCGAAGCAAGAAGAGCUGAGGAUUUUGGCCGGACACACAGAGCAACGGCCACAGAUGGAAGAUAAAAGGAAAGACAUUACGAACGCAAUUUGAUUCUGUAGCACUGUACAUAUUUCAC